AUGACACUGCUGCCCAGCAGAGGGGAUCAGCAUCAUCUCCCAGCAAUGAUCAACAUCUCCACCGUGACUGAGUUCCUCCUCCUGGGGUUCUCUGACAUCCGGGAGCUGCAACUGCUCCACACCACGCUGUUCCUCCUUGUCUACCUAGUAGCCGUUCUGGGGAAUCUUCUCAUUGUUGCUGCCACCACUCUCGACCAGCGUCUCCACACCCCCAUGUACUUCUUUCUCAAGAACUUGUCCUUCAUAGACCUCUGCUAUAUUUCUACCACGGUACCCAAAGCCAUCGUCAUCUCCUUGACCGGUGAUAGCUCCAUCUCCUUUCUAGGUUGUGUCUCACAGCUCUUCCUAGUGGUCUUGUUUGCCGGUUCAGAGCUUUUUGUCCUCACCGCAAUGUCUUAUGACCGCUAUGCUGCCAUCUGCUCCCCCCUGCUUUAUGAGCUCAUCAUGAACAAAACAGCCUGUAUGCUCAUGGCAGCAGCGUCAUGGCUCAGUGGGGGUCUGUUUGGAGUCUUGAGUUCAGCUUCCACCUUCUCAUUGACUUUUUGUGGGUCCAAUAUUGUUGAGCAGUUCUUCUGUGACGUCCCCCCGCUGCUGAAGAUCUCCUGCUCUGAAGUCCACAUUGCCAUUGAUGUGAGUGUAGCUGCUGGGUUAGUCUUAGAUGCCAUCUGCUUCACCUACAUCACCCUCCCCUACGUCUUCAUCUUCUCAGCCGUGCUGAGGAUGCCAUCCUCUGAGGGCCGAGCCAAAGCCUUCUCCACCUGCCUGCCCCAUCUCACUGUCAUCAUCAUUUUUCUCUUUACCGGAUUCUUUGCCUAUCUCAAACCACCUGCAGACUUGCCCUCAGCUCUAGAUCUGCUGGUUUCCAUGUUCUACACUGUGGUGCCCCCCACUGUGAACCCCCUCAUCUACAGCCUGAGGAACAGGGACCUGAAGGCUGCCCUGGGCAGGAUCCUAAGGGGACAUUCCCCCAACAUCCAUUCUGGGACAAAAUACCUGUGUCAAUGUACUAAUAGUCCCGUACCCUCAAUAAAAGGAGGAAUUGCCAUUAAGCAUAUCCAUAUAUAUUCCACUGAACAAGAGGCCCGAAGAUCAAGUCUGGGUAUUCAGGAUUUGUCAAGCUGCACCCAAGAACUGGAGUGUAGGGAGGAGCAUCCCAACUCGGCGGAGGUCCGAGCCCUACAGACUUACGCUGCCCCAUUCUUCCUAGUGGUCCUGCUUGCCGCUUCAGAGUUAUUUGUCCUCACUGCAAUGUCUUAUGACCGCUAUGCCGCCAUCUGUUCCCCCCUGCGCUAUGUGCUCAUCAUGAACAAAACAGCUUUCCACAUUGCCACUGAUGUGAGUAUGGCUGCAGCGUUCAUCUUGGACGCCCUCUGCUUCACUAGCGUCACCCUCUCCUACAUCUUCAUCUUCUCAGCCCAUCCGUGCUGGCACAAAAUGCCUGAGUCCAUGCACCAGACCUCAGGGGCCUCUCAGGCAGAGGUUUUUGGCAUCGGCCAGGACACGAGGUCCCACAAGCGUUGGCCCCCCAGGGAUUCCCUACGGCUCAGUGGCAGCUUUAUCUUUGAGGAGGGGGACUCGCGGGAGAACAUCUCCCGGCCCAGAGUAUUUGCCUAUCUCAAACCACCUGCAGACUCGCCCUCGGUUCUGGAUCUGGUGGCUCCCAUGAUCUACAGUGUGGUGUCCCCCACU